CCCUCACAGUGAUUGGUAACCAUGGGGUUCGGCAUUGGCAAAAAUUCGAUCAUCAAACGUGUAAAAGUAGAGAAAUCUUCGGAACACUCUGCUUUUCGAUAUCGUAUACAGCUGGUCGAUGAAUCUUUGAUUGCAGAAGCAGCCAAAUUUAUGGAUGAAUAUUUCAUCGCAAAUAGCAACCUUGAAAACUCUUAUGAUUCCGUUGACGACGAGGAAAUGAUUGACAAAAACUAUUCGUUCUGGAGAGUGCCACUGUCUGAGGGCAUAUCACUUGCAGCGUUUUUGGAAGAUGAUGAGGACGAUGAAAGCCGCAUGAUUUGUUGCAGUGUACUUGGAGUGGAGAAAAAAGAAGAAAAACCUGUUGUGUCAAAACCUGAGAAACCCUCUAAGAGGGUUGAACAAAUACUCCAGACUCAAGAGGACCUUAUAGGAAAAGCUGACGUAUUCUCAUUGUUCAAUUGCGACGCGUACGUCACAGGACACGGCAUGGCGACGGCGCCGAAGUUCCAACGGCGCGGGAUUGGUGAAGAGAUGUUGCGGGCGCGUUCCCAAAUUUGCAGGCUUACCAACAUCCCAGUCAGUGCCGCCGUAUUUACCGGGGAAGCCUCCCAGAAGCUCGCCAAGAAAUGCGGCUACGAGACACUCGCCGAGCUGGAUCUCACAACUUACCGCAUCGAUGGCAGACUCAUUUACCCGAACCCGGGUUGGCCCGUUAUCAAGUGGAUGGCAGUUCGAUAUUUCUAAAUAGACAGCCUUUAGAGAUAUAGUAGCGACAAAGUAGGACAUAGACAGGACAUAGAUGCCUAAAUAAGAGGGUACGUAACGAAAACUGGAAUAGUUUUGUCGCCGUUACAGCGAAAACACAUUUUUCGGUCAUAUUGUUAGUUGUAAUGAUAAUCGCUCGAUUUUUUUUUUUUUUUUUCAUUAAUCUACACAGGGGUACGUCGGUACGUGUUACAACGUUUUUCAACGAUUUAUUACUCUACUUUUCAAUUUUAACAUAUAAAUGGCCGAAAAUGUGCUGUCUGUUACGCUGACUUUUUACCGCGUAACAGAUAGCACAUUUUCGGAAUUUACCUAAUAGUAAGUGAAAAGUAGAGCAACGAAUCGUUAGAAAGCAUCAAAGGCGUAACUCUUUGAAGAUUAAUGCGAAAAAAUUCGAGUAGUUAUCAUUAGUACUAAAAUAUGAUAGAAAAAUGUGUUGUCUGUUACGGUGACAAAAUUAUUCCAGUUAUCAUGAAACCACCCAAGAAAAGUAUGGAUACUGAGUUAUUUGUAACCAAUUUUUUGCCCCCUCAGGAACAUCACAUGGUAGCGAUUCUGAGGGACGAAGGGAGGGGGGUUCCCAACCUGGUUAUCAUCUGCUGCACUUGUUACCAACCUUAAGAUUCUGGGUUGUAGAGAUCUUUUUGAAUCUGAUGCACGAACUUGAUUUCAAAACUGAGAGCGCGUAUGACUGUGUGAUUUGAGUAAUGUAAUAUGAAUGAUGCGAAUAAAAUAUCAUUUUCAGCCAUUUUGAAUCACAUGUA